AUGGCUGCGCCGACCCUGGGCCCCACUCGCCCCCUUCCUGCUGCGCGUCACUCGCCGCCUGACUCGAGACAACAGGCUACAUAGUUCAGAAAUUCGUCGGCCGUAAGCACGAAACCGAUUUCCAGGCGUUAUCUCUCGUGGCUGCUUUCAUCGUAAUUACGUCGCGUACUAGUGCACGGGAACGUUAGUGUACCGAUACCUCGUGGAGUACCAAUUCGCCGGGGAAGCGAGAUCAGGAGGCAAAAUGAAGGUCCUAGCAGCUGUGCUGCUGACCGUCCUCUCAGCUGGAAUCGUUGCUCCGACUGUGACCUCAUCAGGGAACGUUACUGCGAACAGUGCCGAAGAGUCAUUCAAAUCAAUAGCUUUGCACAAUGAUUCCAUGCACACCAUCCCUGUGUCGGAUAAAUCUGCUUCCAUAUCGCACACGACUAUUGUAAGAAAUAAACCAACGCCACGUGCUAGUCAGAGAACAAUAGCGAAAACAACAUCGAAAUACGAUGACGACUCUGCUGAGCAAAGGUUUUUGAGGGAAGGGGAAGAAAUCCUGCAUGCAAAGGCCUUGAUUUUAGAAGAAAUCCGAACUUUAGACGAAGAAACUAAGGCAAACAAAACAGUAGAAGAACCCAUCAAAAAAUCGAAAGUGGACGGUCGAAGAAUUAGAAUAUCUUUCUCGCCGCCUACUGCGAAAUCGACCACUGCGAAAAACAGUGAUGAAAAAGGUAACAUUACGGAAAGUAGUGUUAUCAAGAAAUUAUUUGAGGCUGAGGAUGCAUCUUAUGAUGAUAUGAGCGAGGAAGAAGAAGAUGAAAACGAUGAAUACGACGAAGACGAGGAAGAAGCUAUGGAACUUGACGACGAGGAGCAAGUGCUGACAGGGUGUCCCGAUUACUGCAAAUGCGCUGGAGAAUACGCAUCUGCAACAACCGCAACAUGCACUAAGCUUGUGGAUGAACAAGAGUUUGGCACAAGUGUCGCUCAUUUGCGUGUCGAAAAUGCGGGAUCGAUUACUCUUGGCCCUCAUGCACUGCGAUCUCGAGGUCUUCAACACUUAGAGUCCUUUAUGGUCACCGAUACAAAAAUCGUCGAGUUGAAUCAGACCGCGUUCGAUGGCGUGACGUAUUUGUUCUCUGUGAAUCUAACGCGCAACGACCUACAAGAGAUACCAUCGAAUAUAUUCCAAAAUAACACGCAGCUCACAUUGCUCUCCAUUACUCGAAAUCCAUUGAAGCAUACUCAAGAUUCGAAAUCGUCGAAACACGGCCUGUUCGACGCUCCAUCCGUUACCGAAUUCGACUAUUCUUACAACGGUUUGACGAAACUCAAACGUAACGCAUUUGUGAAAAUGUCGAACCUGAUUUAUAUUAAUCUGAAAAAUAACAAGCUGAAGGAAAUUGAUAGCGUGACUUUCAAUAGCCUGGAAUCGCUCAUGGAAGUAGAUCUCUCGAACAACUUGUUGAACGAGAUACCUCGUGACCUAUUUUACAAAAAAGGAGUGCAGACAUUGCGCAUUGCUGGAAAUAAUUUGACAACAUUGGCCACUAUACGUGCAUCGGAACUGAGAAUACUGGAUGCGUCUAACAAUAAAAUUAGAAUAAUAGCACGUGAUGACCUUUCCGCUAUGCCAUUAUUGGAGCAACUAACGCUUAGUUCGAACAAUAUUAAGAGGAUUUAUCCGUCCGCUUUCGCUGGCCUCGAUUUCCUUGCCUAUCUCGACAUUAGCGAUAACGAAUUAACUUCUUUGACGGAACAUCAUUUGCUAGAAAAUUCAAGAUUGCAAGUUGUGUUGCUGAAUAAUAAUCCUGGUUUAGGAAGCUUGCCAGUAUUUAAAACCAGAGCAUCAUAUGAGGGUUUCAGUGUCUAUCGUUUCGAAGCUGCAAACUGUGGUUUACGUGAACUUCAUGAGGACACAUUCAAACAUAUGCCUGCAAUCACGAGAUUGAACCUCUCUAAAAAUACUCUAACUGGCUUACCAAAGGGACUUGUGGGUAGUCUUGCUGCUUUGAGAAUUCUUGAUCUUUCCGACAAUAUGAUCAAUACUUUAGAGAACGACAUGUUCAACGGCGCGAAGGACUUGGUUAAGAUCAGUCUCGCUGGCAAUCCUUUGGUAACAUUACAAGUAACACCGUUCUUAGGGGCUCCUAGUCUUAGCAAGAUCGAUGCUAGCAGAUGCGCUUUGGAGAGAGUUUGGAGCGAGGCCAGAGUCCCGCUAACCAGUUUGAAAUUCUUGUUAGUUCGCGAUAACCUUCUGCGCCGAAUCACGGUAGAGGAAUUGAAAGCAACACCGAAUAUUGUUGGUAUAAAUUUGUCGCACAAUCCUUUGGACUGCGAUGACGAAUUUAAUGCUGCAAUACAAUGGCUCACAAAUCGUGGAGUUUCACCAAUGGAACCCUUCAGAUAUCUUAAUAAUUAUGGCAACGGCGAUAACUAUCAAGAUUCUGAUGGUAUCAGCCAAUGGACAGAUCUGGCGAAAGUAGUCUGCCAGGAUGUUGACGAUGGACCACCAGACAGGCAAAUCAUAAGCAAGAAAAAGACACUGGUAAAUAGACUCGAUGAACUUGAUUCAUCAAAAGACUCCGAUGCCCUUUUCAGCAAUGGUUUCGAAGGCGAUGAGGAUCUGCUCAAGCUACAAAUCGACCAUGGCGUGAACUCCGAUGCGGAAUUGGAAAAAUACUGGAAAAAUGUCCAGACUACUCAAGAUCAAGAAUACGAAGAUUUCGUAGCUUCAGAAAACACCGAGUACCGUCCAUGGUACGCCAGUGCUCUUUGGCCUGUGGCGAUGAUAGUCAUCAUAACGGUGAUGUGUGUCUUCCUUGGGGUGCAUAUCGCGUUCUACUUGGCGAAACGACGAGGUGGAGGUCCUGUCCUUAGGCCACCAAUGAUCCUGCGUCCAGGAUUGAUCGAUAACAAGAAUUGUGGAUUGGUUUACAAGCCUCUUCAAGAGGAAAUCGCUACGCCGCACAUGCCGAAACGAGGAAGCUUUUAUUCCAGUAGCACAUUCCACUACGAUAAGAUCGUGCCAGAGAGUGUUUAAAGAUUACCAACAUAAUUACCAAUCAGUUGAUGCGAUUCGAGUUAAUUAGAUCAUGGAUAGGUGAAUGAAGAAUAUUUUGUACAAAUCUAAUUGGCAGGAUACAUUACUGUUCAAACGUUUGGGGUUGUUCCCUAUGUAAUCAAAAACAAGUCGGAAAUGAAUAAAUAAAAUAUAUUUGCGAAUUAGGAAUUUGUAAAUGGUUUCGAGAAUACUUUUCUUUGAAUACUGUGGAAAUUGCAAUAGGACGCAAGAUCAAGUAACGACUUUAAACUUUUGAGCAGUGUGUUGUCAAUUGGCGUGCCAUGCACGAAGAUAUUAUGUAACUUGCAGCAGUGAGUUUUUCUUAAUAAAACGAAAAAUUGAUUGAAAAAUAUC